GGACGACCCAGACAUGUAUCAGGAUUCUGGUGGUGUGGAGGAUGCAGAGUACCACAUUAUGUAUGAUCACUAUGAUCACAUUAAGCUGCCACAGGACUCAGCAGCUACCCUCAAGCUGACCUCUGUAGUGCAUGAAGAAGCCACAGCUGUGUCUGGUACUGACUCUCUUACAACUCUCACCUUGUCAGGGGGUGAGGCAUUGGCUUCUUCAUCCCUAGUCAAUAAUGCUCUCUCUGCAACCACAGUUCUUACGACAAAUUCGGCACCACCUCUUUCUGCACCCGGUACACUUACCGACACCUCCCAUGCUGGUUCAAACCCCGUCCAAAUAAAUGGGACAGCUCUCUCUACAAGAAGCACAAUUUCACCUGCUAACAUAACUGCUGAUAAUAACUUUACAGGUGCUGUUAUCUCAAGUAAUGACACCCUUACUGUUGCUACAAUGUCUGCUGUGGGAUCAUUUACACCAAGUAGAACAUCUCACAUGGACAUGAACCAAAUUGUUAAUACAUCAGAUGAUGGUGUCAUCGAUGGUAACCUUGUUACUUCUUCCUCCAUAGAUGCUGUGGUAACAUCUAUGGUUGCCUCCUCAGAAUGUCAAAGUGUGACGUCAAAUUGUCAAAAAUUAUCACCACCACAGGUUAUAGUAAACCUCUUGGGGGACGAUUCAAUCAGGCUGGGUAUGGUUCGUAUUAUAACAGAGCCGGGUGUGGAAAGUGCAUCUCACCAUCCACAUGGCUUUAGUAUGAUUACAAGGAAUGGUACUCUUGUACAUAAUAAACUGUCAGAAAAUAGUAUCAUUAAUAGUGUUGAUUCUAACCAUUACCGGCAACCUGAAGUACUGAGACAAACCAUAAGAUCUGAAAAUGUGGAGUGGACUUGUGCUUACUGCAGACUGGCAUUCACAAGCUCAGAAGCUGUUGAGCACCAUCAAGAAAAAGACUGCACAGAGAACAACCGUAACAAUUUAACCCUGACAACCACGACAUCCCAGUCUACCGUUGAUGCUUUGAUGUCUCCUUUGAGACAAACCGAAGAGCCUACUUACGAACUCAAGAUAGAAAGAGGAGAUUCUCAGAGAAGUGAUGAAACUCAAAAUAUUCUUGAAGGAUAUCCCAUUCAAGAGGUUGAUGUGGAAGAUGGAAUGGAUUGUGAGACAAUGUGGAGCUGUGCUGUGUGUGGGAGUGAGUUCUCUCAACCCAAAGAUCUGAGACAACAUCACUUGACUCACACUGUUCAGGAACUGUCAUCAGCUUUAUUUAAGUUUACCAAACCACAUCAGAAAAUUAUACAAAGUCAUAAUACUGCCAGUCAACGUUCACUUGCCACAGCAACCAUUCAAAAUCUGCAGAACGGUAAUUCAGUCUGCAGAUGGAACAAAGACCGAACCAAUACAGCAAUAACAAAAAUAAAGGAGGAAAUGGUGGAUGACCCUGGUGACACACCCCCUCACACUCCUCCCCAAGAAAAAAUAAUUAACGAGACCAAAAGAAAGCCCGGUCCAAAAGCUAAGCCUCGUGAAAAAAAUGAAAAAAGAAAGUACGUUAGAAAGUUAGGAGAAGAUGGUAAGCCUCUUCGUCAGCGUGAAUAUAAGGCGCCUCCUGCAGGUAAGGGAAGUCGGGACCCACACCCUUGUUAUGUCUGUAGGAAGAUUUUAAGUUCCAGAGGUAAUCUGGCCAAGCACUUAGUGUUACACAGCAAGAAGAAACCAUGGGUGUGUGAUGCGUGUGGGGCCGAGUUCAACGCCAAGCGUGAUCAUUAUCACCACUAUAUGCAGCACCACACAAAUGAGAGGCCAAAUAUCUGUAAAGUUUGUGGGAAAGGUUAUGUUGACAGUAAUUACUUGCUAGAACAUAUGGUAUUUCAUACACAAGAAAAGCCAUUUUCAUGUGAUAUUUGUGGCAAAUUGUUUAGAACAGCAAGAUGUGUUGCAAGACAUAAAAAGAGACAUGAAAAGGAGAAACAUUUUGACUGUACAUUGUGUAUUAAGUCAUUUGCCGUAAAAGCUGAUCUCACAUCUCACAUUCGAAAAGUUCAUCGCAGUGAUAAAAAAUCUCAAUCCAUAAAACAUGUGAAUCUUCAGCACACCAUGCAACACCAACAACAGGAUCGAGAGACCCAAGCAAAAUCUAAGGACCUGACAGAAUUUUUGUUACCGGGAGGAACGCCUACUCAUCUCAUCCUGCCAAGUGCUAGUCUUAGUGGUUCUGUCUCUACAAAAGAUAGAAUCUUUAUCAGUAGUGAUCCCUUAACAGUACCCUCAAUGAUACCAAUAAGUGGUUCAGGGGAAAAUGGAGUCAAUUGUUCAUACGGAGUAGCAUUAACGGCACCAGCUGGAGGACCGGGAGGAACGUCGGCUGUUGAUGGUCAUACAGCAUACAUCAUGAUGAACAAUGGUGUUGAGGUUACUUCUGACAGAGUAUCAUCGACAGAUGGCCUUAACAUCAUGUACACCACCACACCAGCUUCUGCACAACAGGUGUGUGACCUUGAUGGGAGUCACCUGGAUGAAAUGCAACAACUGUCAUCAUCAGUGGUAAGUGGUGAUGGGCAGCUCCACGACUCAAACCUACUACACCAGCACCUUGACAAUCGACACCCAGGACAAGACACAGCGGUUGUAACUGCAGGUGAACCUGCAUUGGAUGAAACUCACAGAUCAGACCUCAACCUAAAUACCACCACAGGACAUCCAGCAGCGGAUAUCACAGCUAAUGGAAGCCACGACCCCACUACAGUCCACUCCACACAUGAUCCAAAUUCAAGUUUUCACCUGGAACUUAUCUCUCAGACAAUUCAACUAGAGUUACAAGAAUCACAGACUUCUUCUACAAGUUAUUUAGAGUAAAACUAAGAAUUAUUCAAAUAUUUUAUGCUACAAAAAUGUUAUUACAGUACAAGAAUUUUAUAUUAUUUUUCCUAUAAUAAAUAAAUGAAUUUUUAUA